GAAAACACUGCAGAGUUGUCUCUUGAGAAGGGAAGUCAAAGGACUCCAUUUGAAUGUCUAUGGCAGUUCUGUGGAUUCUUUCAGGGUUUCUCUUUUCCCAAAUGCCUUCAUUUUCACUCUUAACAUUGCCCAACAAUCUUCAUCAAAUACAAAUCAGGGGUUGGGGAGAUGGUUCCGGGGUAAAGUGCUUGUGCGAGUAUAAGGAACUGAGCUGAUCCCCAGCAUCCACUUAAAAACGCCUGAUGUGUCAUAGUGGUGUAUGCUCAUGAUUCCAGCACCAUGGGUGGGGGUAAAAACAUGAUCUCUGGGCUUACUAGCCAGCCAGCCUGGCCUACGAGCUAAGGCGAUUGGGCUGCUUUGUACUAGCAGACGGCCCACACAGAGGGCUCUGUCUGCAGAGCUGCUACUGUAGCUGGCCCUAACACACAUAGCAGCUCCACAGCCUGGUAUAAGUGGCUGAAAGAGCAACCUCAAAGGGAAACUAUUCAGAGAAGAAAGGUCCCCCACUCCCGUUUUUGUUUUGUUUUCAUGCAGCCCACACUGGUCUCAGGGUUUUCUAUUUAUUAAAGAUUCUGGCAGUAGACAUGAGACUGGUCCUUGAAGAGGGAGGAAGCUGUGCAUUUGGUGGUCAACGCUAGAGCCUUUUGUUGGUGUAGAUCCCAGGUGUCUUCCUAAACUCCUUCUAACCAAAGUGUUCCUACCUGCAGAUAACUACUCCGCUGUCUGUGCUCAUGAGUAGACCUUGUUGGUUUUAAUGUGGUGGCGGCGCUGGGUUAUUCAUUGAGCGGUGCUGUUACCGUGCAUGAGGCAUGACAAAACUCACUAUCAGAGUUUUAUCAGGAGGAAGGAGAAAUAGGAUAGAAUGUGAUCUGUUGGAAAGACACGUGAGGAGGAGGGAGAGAUGGAGGAGUAGAAGAGAGCAGAGAGAGGGGAGGAGUCUGUGACCGGCUUUUUAAGGAUUCCCCUGCAUAUGCGCAUAUAGGCUUAUGGAGCUACGCCACGCAUGUGUGAUCAUGCUGCAUGCAAAUUACAAGAUCACGAAGCAUACGGAUUAAGUAGGACAUAAGGCCCCUUACUUGGCUACUGAACUGCUCAUGUUCGGUCAUGUAAAUGGAGGAGUGGCCAGGAAUCCCAACAGACCUCAUCUGAGAAGGAAUUUGGGGCUGAGGCCCUACUUGGCUGCUAGAGGACAAUGUGACCUUGAAAGGGACUUCUUUUUUUGAAAGGGAUUUUUAAAGCUGGGAGCAAUGGCACAAGUCUAUGGAGGUGAACGCAGGAGGUCUGGAGUUUGAGAUCAUCUUCUAUAUAGCAAACUUGAGAUCGUUCAGUGGGUGUCGUGGCUUGAAUAACAGAUGUCCCCCACAGUCUCAGCUAUUUGAAUACUUGACCCUAGUUGGUGGUACUGUUAGGGGAAGCUGAGGAGGUGUGCCCUUGUUGGAGGAAAAAUGUCAUUUUGAGGUGGGCUUUGUGUUAUUUCAGGUUGGCUCUCUCUGUUCAGAUGUGAAUGCUCAGCUGUUCUGUCACCGUGUGUUGAUGGGGUGACGGAGGCUAACCGCUCUGAAACUGUAGACCCAAACUGCCUUGUCAUGAUACUUCAUCACAGCAACAGAAAAGUAACUGGUAAUGUGGGUCAAGGCACUUGCUGGACAAGCCUGACAAACCGAGUUUGAUUCCUGGAACUCAUGUAAUGGGAUGGAGAGAACUCUACAAAAUUGUCCUCUGACCUCCACAGGUUACACACACACAGAUGAUGAUGAUGAUGAAGAAAGUCAUAUGAAAAAGAAGUGCUGGGGCUGAGGAGAUGGCUCAGUUGGUAAAGUGUUUGUUAUUCAUGUGUUAGGACCUGAUUUGUAAUCCCCAACACCCAUGUAAAAAAGCCUGGUGUAGCAGUUUCCACCUGUAAUCUUUAGUACUAAUAUUGGGAAGGUGGAGACCAGAGGAUCAGUGGGACUUACUAGACAGCCAAUGUAGCCCAACUGGUAGACUCCUUGCCUCAAAAAACAAGAUGGUUGUGAGGCAUGAUGGCACACACCUUUAGUCCUCGAAUUUGGUAGGCAGCAGCAGGUAGAUCUCUGUGAGUUCAGAGCCAAUCAGGGCUACAGAGAGAUACCAUGUCUCAAAGAAAAACAAAACCAGAAUGGCUCAGUAGUUGACGGUCCUGCUGUGCAAGUCUGGCAACUUGGGUUUCAUGCCUGGAACCACAUAAAGGCGGAAGGAGAAAACUUGGUCCCAGAAAUUGUCCUCUGACCUCCAUACACACAUCAGGCACAUACACAUACAUACACAGUACAGUAGAUAUACACCAGAAUUGUAGGAUUGAAGAGGCCCUGGUGAAGUGAAGGCAUGUUGCGGGAUAUUUGAUUACACUGUGAACCCCGAAUUAUUUACCAGAAAAACCUGCUUCUAGCUGCAAUGUGGUUCAGCCAUAGCACACACCUUUAAUCCAAGACCUUUCUGCUUGAAUACUGUAAACAAGAUUAAAUAAAAAUCAACCAUGGGUCAAGAGCAAGCAACCAGCUGAUAGAAAAAAACCGUAGCAACUAAGAGGAAGUCAGGAGGGCGGGGAGAGAGAUGCACAGGAAAUAGAAGGGCGGGACAUCCGGUCAAAGGCGUUUUUGUUUGAGACAGUGUAGGAGAAAGCUCUCUUUCUGGGACGUCAGCAGAAGAGGAAGCAGCUGGGUGCUUUCUCUGCCUAAGCUAGCAGGUUUUCACCCAGCAUCUGGCUCUGAUAAAAUAGAAUGAUACUUAGUUAAAAACAACAAAGGGGUUCAAGAGAACCACCAGGAAAGGACUUACAACUUCUCCCAACAUGCCAGAACCUCCAAGAACAGCACCAUAUGGAGCCUCCUAGAACCAGAGAACUGAGAAUUUCACCUUUCAACUCAGCGCAAAUGUGCCAGUCAGGUCGGAGCAGACCAGAGCCAAUCCCACCUACCUCUACUCUGCAUCUCGCCUGCAGCCUGCAGCCUUGCCCUGUGUCCUGACAUGAAGGGAGCAACCUGUGCCUUUCUCCUGGUGCUAGCAGCUCUGCCUGCCUUGGAAGCCAAUGAACCAACUGAUAAAGGCAGUCCCUUCUAUUAUGACUGGGAGAGCCUACAACUGGGUGGAUUGAUCUUUGGAGGGCUCCUGUGCAUCGCUGGAAUAGCCAUGGCCCUGAGUGGCAAGUGCAAAUGUAGGCGCAGUCGCAAGCCCAGUUCCUUACCUGGGAAAGCCACCCCACUCAUCACUCCAGGUGAGCUGGACCCCUGGAAGAUGCAGGGAUGGAGACUGAUGGGGUAGCAGAGGGAAUAGGUCACUGAAAAACUGACCCAACUCUCUACAGGCUCUGCAGGUACCUGCUGAAUUGAACACAGGACAAACUUGGAAGCAGGUCUUGCCAGCCAGUCUCGUGUUCCUGCUCUCUGGAGACCUCCCCUUCCAUGAUGGCCUCUCUAGCUCAUAUUGCUAAGUCUUUGGUGAUAGGGAAGGGUGACCCAAGCUUAUUUUGUAUUAAACUGGUCUUGCUGCUC